CAAAACAAACGAUGUGUUUCCGGUUUAACAAAGCAGCGCGCUGAAUUCGACCAACUUUCGUCUUUGUGACAGCACAGCGGACCGUCGCGGGUACCGGGACUGUGGUGGAUGCAAGUACUUAGAUCGAUAACACAAAUGGUGUAAGCUGUCCGGGAAUGGAAGAUGACACAAUGGAGGUGGGAAACCAGAAAUCAAACAUCCAUGUGGAGGUCCAUGUUAAAUCUCACAGCACGGCUAAAGUGUCUGACGUGAGGAUGCAUGUUCUGGCUCUACUGAAUCGCCACAGCAUGGUCUUUGGAAACUACAGAUGGACAGAGUUUGAUGAAGAGUUCUUGCAGAAACACGUGGAAUCUGUGGUUCUAGUUGACCUCGACAAUAUGCCUGUUGAUUUGAAGAGCUGCUCUGUUUCCGUUCACAUCUUCACUCUGAAUGAGGAUGGACCCAGCACGCUCAGUUUGGAAGAGGAUGAGGAGCUUUCAGCAGCCAAUCACUGGUUGCUGCCAGCAGCUGAAUUCCAUGGGAUUUGGGAGAGUCUGGUAUAUGAGAGAGGAGUCAAAUCACAGCUCCUGGAUUAUGUCACAACAACAAUUCACUUCUCCGAAAAAAAUGUCGACAGCAACCUGAUUUCAUGGAACCGCGUUGUGCUGCUUCAUGGACCCCCAGGCACAGGGAAAACAUCACUGUGCAAAGCUCUUGCCCAGAAGCUUUCAAUCAGACUGUCAAGUCGGUAUUCUUAUGGGCAAUUUGUUGAGAUAAACAGCCACAGCUUGUUCUCAAAGUGGUUCUCAGAGAGCGGUAAGCUGGUCACGAAGAUGUUUCAAAAGAUUCAACAACUGAUUGAUGACAAAGACGCUCUUGUGUUUGUUCUGAUUGAUGAGGUGGAGAGUCUGACAGCAGCUAGGAAUGCCUGCCAGGCGGGAACGGAGCCCUCUGACGCCAUCCGAGUGGUCAACUCUGUCCUCACUCAACUGGACCAGAUCAAACGACAUUCCAACGUUGUGAUCCUGACAACAUCCAACAUGACAGAAAAGAUAGACUUGGCGUUUGUGGACAGAGCUGACAUCAAGCAGUACAUCGGACCUCCGUCUGAGGAGGGCAUCUACAACAUCUACCUCUCCUGCCUGGAGGAGCUGAUGAGGUGCCAGAUAAUCUACCCCCGGCAGCAGCUGUUUACCAUAUUUGAGCUCGAGACGAUGGGCUUUGCAGAGAGUGAGGUGUCGGAACACAGUCUGAACCUGAGGGACAUUGCUCUAAAAAGCAAAGGUUUGAGUGGAAGAGCACUCAGGAAGUUACCAUUUCUAGCCCAUGCACUGUUUGUAAAGACGCCGGCGGUGACUAUUGCGAGGUUUCUGGAGGCUUUGGACCAAGCUGUGGAUAAACAGAAAGAGGAAAAAGCUAAUCUGGUCAACAGUGUCUGAACUUACUACAAUGCCCAAAGGCUGACACAUGAUUGUUAUGAGCUCUCAGUCCUGUGCCUUGUUUGUGUGUUUGUUUCUUGGAAAAUUACAAUUAAAUUUUUUUUAAAAGCCCAAUUAAAUUCAUUUGGCAGCACUAUGUUCAAUAUAAUAGCCAGUAUAGGAAGUUUGGUUGAAGAUCAAGUACCAAAUGCUUUCAUUUUUUUUGUGCUAUUAACCCAAAUGUUUACUCUGUUCCUAGUUAUUUGAUAUUUUAUGUAACAUGAAGCUUUAACCUUAACACUGCCAGCUUUUUUUUUGUUGUUCUCAUGUUAUAGGGAUAUUCCGAUCUGUGGUGGCAUAAAUUAUUAGCAAUAUAUUCAGUGUCUUGUAUUGAUACCGCUGCAUACACAUUAGCUCAGUCUGUCAGUUUGUUGGAGAUUUCCCACUGAAAUGGCAGCUUGUCGGACAGAAAUGAAAAGCAGUCCCACAAUAGGCUGUAGGCCUCAGUGGACAGUGAAGCAUCAGAAAUACAGUAUAGAUGAUGCAAUUUGUUGUGGAAUGUUAACAUUUUCUGACUGCUGUGUUGUGGUUUUAAGUGUUUUUGUUAACUGGUUCCAUUGUCUGCUGUUAAAUUCUAUAAUACAAGUUGCCAGAAAGAUACCUCCAUCUACAGGAUCUGUUCAUAUACGAAACCAACUUACGUUGAAAAAUGUUGUCCUUUAACUUUAAUAACAAAUCUUCUUUAUACUCUGUAUUCAUUUUUCAUUACAACCUUAUUUUGUAUUUAGCAUUGUAAUAAAAAACAUUGUUUAACCGUG